AUGAUCGUCGCGGUUCUGAUAAUUUCCCUUGUAAUCGGCCUGAGCAAUGCAGCGUCGGUCGCGCGUGUCAUCCGCGCCGCCUCCCCUGGACCAGUAGAUGUCUGUGAUAGCCAAGUUUACUGUGAAGGAUCUUUGUUACAUACGGUGCAGCUUGCUGGAAUUUUUAACGACAGCAAAACCUUUGUGGACCUUUAUCAAUUACACGAUCCAAAUAUAACCAUCGAAAACUUUAACGCUUUGAUGAAGGCUACCAACAACUCUCCUAAUCGCACCACGGUAGCUGCGUUCGUCGCGGAAAACUUUGCUAUGCAGGACGAACUGGAUAAUUCAACAUUACCGGACUGGAAGGAAAAUCCUGCCAUUUUAAAAUCCAUCAAGGACCUGCGAUAUCGCGAAUGGGCAAAACGUUUGAACUACAUUUGGAAUACUUUGGCAAGAAAGAUAAAUAACGAUGUGAUGGUCAAUCCGCAGCGGCACAGUUUGAUCUACGUAAAUAACACUUUCGUCAUUCCCGGUGGACGAUUUAAAGAGUUUUAUUACUGGGAUAGCUACUGGAUAAUCGAGGGACUCUUGUUAUGCGACAUGCACGAAACCGUUAAAGGAAUGAUUGAGAAUUUCCUCUCUAUCGUAGAGAAAUACGGUUUCGUACCGAAUGGUGGCAGAGUUUAUUACUUAUCGCGAAGUCAACCACCCUUGUUAAUACCAAUGGUCGCAAAGUAUUACGACUACACAAAGGAUCGAAAAUUUCUGAAGAAAAAUAUAGCAAUCCUUGAAAAGGAGUUUGAAUAUUGGCGAAACGAAAAAACGGUAGAUGUAACAAAGAAUGGUAAAACUUAUAAGAUGGCGCAUUAUGUGGUAAACAGCCGCGGACCUCGACCAGAAAGUUACAAGGAGGAUUAUCAGUUGGCGCAGCAAGUGCCGGAGCAGGAACGUGGAGCGGUUUACAACGAUUUGAAAGCCGCAGCAGAAAGUGGCUGGGACUUUUCCUACAGAUGGUGCAUACGGACUAACAAGGACGCCAAUCUCAGUCUCGUCAACGUCUCCACGAGUAACAUCAUACCCGUCGAUUUGAAUGCGAUAUUACAGCGAAACGCGAGGAUGCUUUCUCGCUUUUACGGUAUCCUGGGCAACGUGAAGAAAGAUUGGCGUUACGCUCAGAUUGCCUCGGAAUAUCAAGCUGCCAUUAACAAUGUGCUAUGGAACGAGGAUGAGGGAAUCUGGCUCGAUUAUGACAUGAAAAAUAAGCAGUCUAGAAAUACAUUCUACCCUUCGAAUCUGUCGCCUUUGUACACUAUGAGUUACGAUUGGAAUAAGAGAAAUAAAUAUGCAUUGCGAUCCAUUUCUUAUAUCAAAAGAAACAAGAUCGACUCAUAUUUUGGUGGCACGCCGUCCUCUAUAAAUUAUACCGGCGAACAAUGGGACUUCCCAAACGCGUGGCCACCGUUGCAGUCUUUCGUGAUUCUGGGUCUUCAUCAAACUAAAGUAAAACAAGCGGUCGACUUGGCCAAGACACUGGCCGACAGGUGGCUCAAAUCGAAUUAUCUCGGUUACGACGAGUAUGGCAAGAUGUUCGAAAAGUAUAACUCAUUGCAUCCGGGCGAGGGUGGCGGUGGCGGCGAAUAUAACGUACAGGACGGCUUCGGUUGGACGAACGGCAUUGUCUUCGAGUUGCUCCGCCUCUUUCCGAAUGCGGAAUCUUUCGAUAACAUCAAAUACGAUGGUAGCAACAGUAUUGACAGAUAAUGUAUGGACAAAUCAGUAGCUAAUCGAUUUCACAGAACUCUGAAUAUUUGUUUC